AGGAGGAGGAGGCGGCGAGAAGAUGGCGACUUCGAACAAUCCGCGGAAAUUUAGCGAGAAGAUCGCACUGCACAACCAGAAGCAGGCGGAGGAGACGGCGGCCUUCGAGGAGGUCAUGAAGGACCUGAGCCUGACGCGGGCCGCGCGGCUUCAACUGCAGAAGUCCCAGUACCUACAGCUGGGCCCAAGCCGUGGCCAGUACUAUGGCGGGUCCCUACCCAAUGUGAACCAGAUUGGAAGUAGCAGCGUGGACCUCUCCUUCCAGACCCCAUUUCAGUCCUCAGGCCUGGAUACGAGUCGGACCACACGGCAUCACGGGCUUGUGGACAGAGUAUAUCGUGAGCGCGGCAGGCUUGGCUCCCCACACCGCCGACCUCUGUCAGUGGACAAGCAUGGGCGACAGGCUGACAGCUGCCCCUAUGGCACCGUGUACCUCUCGCCUCCUGCGGACACUAGCUGGAGGAGGACCAACUCUGACUCUGCCCUGCACCAGAGCACAAUGACACCCACCCAGGCAGAGUCCUUCCCAGGCGGGUCCCAGGACGCUCACCAGAAGAGAGUCUUACUGCUGACCGUCCCAGGAAUGGAGGAGGCCGGGUCCGAGACAGACAAGACCCUUUCUAAGCAGCCCUGGGACUCAAAGAAGGCGGGUUCCAGGCCCAAGUCCUGUGAGGUCCCCGGAAUCAACAUCUUUCCAUCUGCAGACCAGGAGAACACAACAGCUCUGAUCCCUGCUACCCACAACACAGGAGGCUCCCUUCCUGACCUCACCAAUAUCCACUUCCCCUCCCCACUCCCGACACCGCUGGACCCUGAGGAGCCUCCGUUCCCUGCUCUCACCAGUUCCAGCAGCACCGGCAGCCUUGCACAUCUGGGCGUUGGCAGUGCAGGCCAGGGUAUGAGCACCCCCAGCUCUUCUCCACAGCACCGGCCAGCAGUCGUCAGCCCCCUGUCCCUGAGCACAGAGGCCAGGCGGCAGCAGGCCCAGCAGGUGUCACCCACCCUGUCUCCGCUGUCACCCAUCACUCAGGCCGUGGCCAUGGACGCCCUGUCCUUGGAACAGCAGCUGCCCUAUGCCUUCUUCAGCCAGGCCGGCUCCCAGCAGCCUCCUCCACAGCCCCAGCCACCACCUCCACCUCCACCGAUAUCCCAGCAGCAGCCACCACCCCCACAGGUGUCUGUGGGCCUCCCCCAGGGUGGUCCACUGCUGCCCAGUGCCAGCCUGACUCGGGGCCCCCAGCUACCGCCACUCUCAGUCACUGUACCAUCCACUCUUCCCCAGUCCCCCACAGAGAGCCCAGGUCAGCCACCAAUGGGGAUCGACGCCACCUCGGCACCAGCUCUGCAGUACCGCACGAGCGCAGGGUCGCCGGCCACCCAGUCUCCCACCUCUCCAGUCUCCAACCAAGGCUUCUCCCCUGGAAGCUCCCCACAGCACACGUCCACCCUGGGCAGCGUGUUUGGGGAUGCGUUCUAUGAGCAGCAGAUGACAGCCAGGCAGGCCAAUGCUCUGUCCCGCCAGCUGGAGCAGUUCAACAUGAUGGAGAAUGCCAUCAGCUCCAGCAGCCUGUACAACCCGGGCUCCACACUCAACUACUCACAGGCAGCCAUGAUGGGUCUGAGCGGGAGCCAUGGGGGCCUACAGGACCCGCAGCAGCUUGGCUACACAGGCCACGGUGGAAUCCCCAACAUCAUCCUCACAGUGACAGGAGAGUCACCACCAAGCCUCUCUAAGGAACUGAGCAGCACACUGGCAGGGGUCAGUGACGUCAGCUUUGAUUCAGACCACCAGUUUCCGCUGGACGAGCUGAAGAUUGAUCCUCUGACCCUGGACGGACUUCAUAUGUUAAAUGACCCCGACAUGGUCUUAGCCGACCCAGCCACCGAGGACACCUUCCGAAUGGACCGCCUGUGAGUGGUUGUGCCUGCCACCCGCCGCUGGUCAGUCUCCAACGGCGCUGCCCCAAACCUGGGGAUGGCAAUGCUGUCCCCUUUGCCAACGGCCAAGCUUGUGGUUCUGAGCUUGCAAUGCUGCCCAGCGCCCCCUGCCAGCCGCCACCCCGGUUGUUCACCUCCCAUGAUGCCUGGCGUGAGGCCGUUGUGUACCAGGCUGGCUAUCUGUCUGUCCAUCCAUCCACCUGGGGCCAGGCUGAUCGCUGAGGCCGAGUGCCUGGCCCCCAUGGACGUUCCCCAAGCUGGCUCCCUCACCCCUCACUGGGGAUGUGAGAGCCCUCAUCAGUGGUCCACUUCCAAGAUACCCAAAGUGUCACUCCCAGAUGCGCUGUGCGAGGAGGUGGGUGUGGGCGUGGCCACCCAGAGGCUGAGGUGCGCCAUCCAUUCGACUGUUCUCAGCUGUCACUGCCUUCCUCAUCCCUGUCCCCCACCGCCAUCCCCAGCCCUGGUCAGGUCAUGCAUGCCCACCGUGCCCAGGGCAAAGACAGCAGAGCAAAGGGGCAGACCUGGACCAGAAUAAACACUGUUUGGAUGGCCGCCUUUUAUAUUUCUGAGCGCUCUUGGAGCGUGACAAUCGACCUAUGGCCGAAUGUGGUAUGGACAGAGCCCACUGAAGCAGCCAGUGCCCCUCCUUGGCCCACUCUCCACCACUCUUGUCCCCUGCUGGGCAAUGGUCAGCAUGGUGGUACAGGGAUGAGGGUCACAGGCUACCUACGCAUCCUCGCCACUCUUCCCAGUCCCUACUGCUUUUUAGGAUCUGGGGCUUGGGAGGCAGCAGCCCUGGUGGGCUCUGCUUUUCCUUCAGUUUCUAUUGGUGUUUGGUAGCUGACCCUCCAGACUUGCCUGGCAGCAUGUGGUAUCCCCCAGUCCCUCCUUGACCUUUUUUUUAAAGCUAACUGGAACACUAGCCUGAAUCAGCACUUGCAAGCUGGGGCUCCUGGGCUGCUCACCCAGACCUGAGCUUACUGGCACAUAGUCUCAACUCCGAACAGCUGGGUGGGCAAGGAUGGGGCUGGAUGCAAGGUCCUGGCGGCUGGGCGUGUCUGUAAGAAGCACAGAACAGAUUUCUGGGACCAGGCCAUGGCUUUCACUGGAGCCUCUGGAGAGGCCUCUCCCCCGGAGCAUCUCUAAGGCGCUGGCCAGGCCCUAGCAGGCGAGUGGUGGCUGCUGGUGUCUCUGUGUUAAGAUUGCCUGUGAUAAGAGGGGACUGUGGACCUAGCUUGUCUUCUGGGCCACUUUUGGCCUGGAAGCUCUCAUCCCCACCACCCCAAGUUAUAGCUUGACAUGUCACAUGCCUCUGCCCGAUUGUUUCUCUGUGGUGUUGCCCACUGCCCAUGCUGGGGGUUUGGGGAGCACAAGAGCUGUGUGUGUCUCUCCAAGCCACUAGGUGGCUGUCUGCAUGAGAAAGCUGCCGCCUUUCGCCACCGUCCCCCUUGCCCCUGGAGUUGAGGAUACAGCAUUGGUUUGUUCGGUUCACCUGUCCAGGUCUCAGGCCUUCCUGUCACCAUGGCGCAGGCUUGAAGGGAGUAGUGGGAACGUCAUCUUCAUCGUCAUCAUCAUCAUUGUCAUUAUUAAACAUGGUGGCACACACCUGUUACCCCAGCACUGGAGAGCUGGAGGCAGGAGGAUUAGGAUAUCAAGGCCAGCCUGAGCUACAUGAGACACUGUCUUGAAAAACCAAAAGAGGGGUUGGGGAUUUAGUUCAGUGGUAGAGCGCUUGCCUAGCAAGCUCGGGGCCCUGGGUUUGGUCCUCAGCUCUGGAAAAAAAAAAAAAAAAAAAAAAAAAAAAAAAAAAAAAAAACACCAAGGUGAAAAACCAAAAGAGAAAGUACAGGGGUCUGAUUCUCUUCAAUUGUAGAAGUCUGAACAAAUGGCCUUAACAAGGCAGAGAGGCUGAUAUGGUUCCCAGGCCAGGCUCUGCUUCCCAGUAACCAGUCACUGACCCUCCAAGUCCUCAAUGAGCCAGGGCAGAACACAUGUGGCCACCAUGGCCUGGCUUUCAAUGCCCUGCAGCCAAGAGUGCAUGUAGCUGUGUUAGCGUGACUAGUUCAUUGCCAAGUUCUGUGAUGAGGUGAUGCGUCCCUGCCUCAGCACCCCAGGCAGCUGUGGGCAUCUCAUGAGCUGAGCCCUUUUGCCCAGCCAGGGGCCACCACUCGGGUGCAUGCAUGUUCCAGAAGGGUUUACUCUCCCCACCCCUGGGCCUAGCUGCUGUCAGCGGGACUCCUGGGAGGGGUCUUUGUUUUCUAGACGUAGGUCACCUGUCCAAUAAUACUCCUGUAUUGCCAAGACCUCCCAAGAUGAUAGCUCAAGGCCGUGGGGGCUUCAGCUGGUGACAUGCGUAUCCUGUGACUUGUUGAACUGUGCUGGGAGCAGCCACCUUGCAGCAUGUACAUAGACCCUCUGCCCACAUCCGUGCUCUCAGGACAGGCUUAGACACCCGGCCCUUGAGAGGUCAGAUACCUGAGCCAGGCAUGGUCUUUCCCUCUCCACCUUAUCCAUGUGUCACCAGCUUCAGCCAAGCCCCUCAGCCAUGUGGCUGUCCAACCCACUUCCCUGAAUCAGAAACAAGACUGAGGCAUCUUGAUAACACUCUGCCCAGCUGCCUCUGUUUACUUUAUCAUUUAAGGCCUCUGGGGCAGUAGUUAUCGACCCAAAGCCCCACAGAACAACAAUGCAGCUGUACUCAGCCCCUUUCUGUGUCCUAAGAAAUGGCUUGUCCCCUCUACCCAAGGCUCUGUCAUGUCCCCUUUCUGCAACCCUAUCCAGUGCUGCUCUGUGAAGUUCAUUGGUACUUAGCCUAGCCUUCAGCUCUUUGGAAGACUUAUACAGGGGAGCCCCCUAGCGAGACCCAUGUGCUACUGCAUGGCACCUAAGGAUGGCUGACAGCUGUCACCUGGGCCUGAUGUCAAGAGUCAACAAUCCUGGCACUCUGAUCAGGACAAGAGCUAGCAAAAGUAUGGGGGCGGCAACCCCGCACCCAGUGUCAGCCACUCUUCUUCUCACAGUGGGCCUAGAGUUGGUUCACUGCAUUCUGAGUUUUCUGGUUUUGCAGAGAAGAUUCAGCAUAGACAUCAGGCUGCUGGGAUCCGGGUCCUGAUGGAGCUGUGUGCACGGGCAUGGAUGGGGUUGUAUAAUUGUAUAGUUGUGCCCUAGGCCUGCCUGGUGUCCCUCAAGAGCUGUCCAGGUGAGGGCCCCGUGGUGCAGUCUGGCCCAUAUGGUCUGCCUCUAGUGUGGUGGCACCUGUUCCUUGUUAUACCCCUUCCACAUUGGCUCCCAGGGGCCCCUCUUCCUUCAGGGAUCUGGUGGGUGAUUUGGAGACCCUGAUCAUUCCUGUCUCAGGCAUGGCCCUCAGCGUGGCACAAAUGCCUGCCACCCAUUGGUCAUAGCCACAUCUCCCUGUCAGGGCAGAAGAUGGAGGGGCUUGUAUCCUCUCGAGCCUGGGUGCUGGGGUACUCCCAAGGCCAUGGGGUGCCCUGAACCUCAGUUUCCUCUUUCUCAACCCUGCUGGGCUCAGGGGCCCAACCUCCUGGGCAGGGUGGGGACAGCGGCAGAGCCCCAUGGUGGUACCGGCUACCCCUUCUGCACUCAGCCUUUCCUUGGGGCUAGAAAUCCAUCACAUGGGGUAAGGUCUUGCCCUGUCUCUUGGGGCUCUAGAAUUUCAGGGCAACCCAGGCCUAGCCUAAUCCAACCCAGCAUUUCUGAUCACAGGGGGACAUGAGGACAGGGCUGUGGCCUUAAAUCCAAAGGUCAGGCUCUGUUUCUCAGGCCCCAUCUCACCCCUUAGUUGGAAACAGGACGCCAUGGGCUGGGCAGCCCCUUUGAUAUAUGCAAAUGGCUGGUCCCACAUUCCCCUCCCCGUGCCCAGGCUGGCUCUGCCCCCAGCAUGCGCACUCCGCUGCGGAUGUCUGUGGACCGUGCACAUGGGCACCGCAGUUGGGGGGUCAGGUUGCUCAGGGCACGCACGGCCGCCCGCCCCACCUUCUGGCGCAGACGCUUCUUUGUAUUUUUGCGCCCUUUGUAAUGAAAUGUAAUAAAAACCCAAUGUUUUCGUC